UCCCGAAUCGAGUGCUGCUUUCCACUCCCCAAUCACCAGAUUCACCACCACCCUGUAUCCAUUUUCACAACUCGUUCCAGUUAGCUUCCUUCCCUCCCAGUCUCCCAAUUACCAGCCACUUCAAUUUACUCGGAUUCCUCCCCCAUUCAUCCUCUUCUACUCCUCCCAAUCGCAUAAACCACUCCUCAACCUCUCCGUUCCUCUUCAUAGUCAUUUAGUCACUUUCUUUUAGGAGCGCUGCUCGUACAGAUCUCAAUCAAACCAGACCCAUCCUUGUUGAUCUGGGUAGACUUAAUUACGAAAAACUCUUAUCCACUUCAGUUCUCCCACCCGAUCUGGAUCUCACAGAGGAAGAUCACCAUUUCCAGUUUUUUCUCAUCACAGGUCUUGCAGUGAAUGAGAUCCAACAGAUCCUUGAUAGUUUUCAUCUCUGUAUAUAAUGCAUAAAUUGGAGAUCAAUCGGACCUUUCGGAACCCAAUUAGCGCCGGUGGGAUGAAUUUUCCGUUGGCAUCGCACCAUCGGCGUGGACUUAGCUGCACUGCAACAUCCAAUGGUGAAUCCUUCGACGACUCCUUGGAUCUCUUUUCGAGAGGUCGUCGCAGCAUCUCCGUUGCUUCCUCUGAGGAUUCAGAUGUUUCAGUAAAACUGGGGAGGCUGUCCGUUGGAUCAGGGACAGUGGGGAAGAAUGGAUCGGACGAUCUAUUGUCAUCUUCUGAAGAAGGAAAGCAUGAUUAUGAUUGGCUUCUAACUCCUCCAGGAACUCCACUUGUUCCUUCAUCCAAUGGAAAUGAAUCUCAACCAACACAAGUGGCUCUGCAUUCAAGAAGUCGCUCUUUGGCCAGAUCAGCUUCUGCAACUAAGCCAUCAAGGCUUUCGGUGUCUCAGUCAGAGAACAGUAGUCAGCCAACAAGGCCAAUUCGCAGCUCCUCUGUAACCCGCCCUUCUACCCAUUCAAACAAAUCUAGUAACAGUAGUAUUUUGAACACAAGCUCUUCUUCAAUUUCUUCUUAUAUUCGACAAUCCACUCCCACACGCGGUUCAUCUUAUUCUACCAGACCUUCCGCCACCCCUACUUCUCGCCCAACACUGUCAAGACCUUCAACUCCUCCUAGACAAUCACAAAGCUCAAGACCUUCCACUCCAAGUGCAUCCAGGCCUCAAAUUUCUUCAUCAUUGAGUACCUCUACUUCUCGGUCUACAUCAUCAAGACCAUCAACACCUACGCGUCGAAAUUCCUUCCCUUCUGUUUCUCCAGCACCCUCUUUGCGCACAGUUAACAAUGGAUGGAAUGCAGGGUCAAUGUCUCGCCCAAGCUCCCCUUCUAGAACAACAUCCUCAAUAUCACGCCCAAGCUCCCCUGCUAGAACAACAUCCUCAGUAUCACGCCCAAGCUCCCCUGCUAGGACAACAUCCUCAGUAUCACGCCCAAGCUCCCCUGGCCCACCGGUUCGGCGGGCACCUCAACCAAUAGUUCCCCCAGAUUUUUCACUUGAAACGCCUUCGAAUUUGCGAACUUCAUUGCUAGACAGGCCACCGUCAGCUGGUAGGUCUAGACCUGGUGUCCCCGUUUCUUCUGCAAAGGGGGCUAUGGACAUUCCAAAUGCAGGAACUCCAACAAGGCGGCAGUCACCCUCCGGAAGAGGGCGUGUAGUUGCAAAUGGGAAUUUAAUUGAUUCACUUGAUUCUAGCAAAGUUUCAAUUGUCUCAAAGUUACCUCAGAGGAAACCAGUUAAGACACAAACAGAAAGCACAGGGUUUGGAGGGACCAUCUCAAAGAAAUCUCUGGACAUGGCUAUUAGGCAUAUGGAUAUAAGAAACGGCCCGAAUAGUGUACGUGCGGUUUCAGGCUCAACACUCUUCCCUCAUAGCAUUCGAUCAAGUGGUGCUAAAAAACUGCAGCAGGCACAAGGUUCAAAUUCUUUGGCUUCUCCAAAUGCAAGUAUGAAUAUCAUCAACGGAUCCAUCAUAGAAAGAGGAAAUAAUACCAGCAGUAGGCCUUCAGAGAAUAAAGGCGAAGAAGAAAGGUAUGAACGAUCUUCGUCAGCAAGAGUGACAGAUGUUGACAUAUACGAGAGUUCUCGCUAUGACAUGCUUCUAUUGAAAGAGGAUGUGAAGAACACUAAUUGGUUGCACAGUAUUGACGACAAGUCUGAUGCCACCAUGUUUGACAAUGGUUUUGAACCCCUCCCUGAGCCUUUUGAUCCUCUACUUUUAUAACCCGAUCGAAAUUCUCAUGGACUAGUAAUUCUUUGUUUUCACUUUUCAUGUUAAAAUCUCUUAAAAUCAAAUGAAGUAAUUUCCAUGAUUCGCCUAAUUUAUUGAUGUAAUUAGUAGCCCUGUAAACGUGGGGGAAAUGAAAGUACUGAUGUUCAGGGCAGCGUCCGAAUUGACAAUGCCUUUUUUGCAUUGUCUUAAUGUAUGGUUUAUCUUGGUGUUUAAGCACUGAGCCUCUAGAGAGAGGAUGGUUCAAGAUUUCGAAGCGUUACUUUGGAGUUGUAACUUUAAUUCUAAGAGAAAUGAUUUAAAUUUUAGUGAUUGCAUUUGGAAGCAAUUUUUUUUUUUACUUAA